AGUAGGCAUGGUCUACUUCUAGUUCUCUCUACCACUGUGUUACUGUGGGACGGUUUGUCUUUAAUCCACGACGUAGAGCUGACAACAGCAGUUUCAGGAAGAGUUGACUCCAUGUCGGGAGUGGGAGUGGUCUGAGAAAGAUAUGAUAAGGUGAUCCUUUAUUAGUUCCACAUUAAGGACAUUUACAACACAACUCAAACCACUUCCACUUGAAGACGGUCGUCGUGACUGAGAGGUGAAAUGGCACAGGCAGGAGUUCAGCUACAGAGAGAAACCUUCUCUUGUUCCAUCUGUUUGGAUCUUCUGAAGGAUCCCGUGGCUCUUUCCUGUGGACACAGCUUCUGUAUGAACUGUAUUAAAGACCACUGGGGCUCAGAGGAUGAGAAGAGGAUCUACAGCUGCCCUCAGUGUGGAGAGGCCUUCACACCGAGGCCUAAACUGAAGAAAAGCACCAUAUUAGCAGCUUUAGUGGAGGAGCUGAAGAAGACUGGACUCCAAGCUGCUCCUGCUGAUCACUGCUAUGCUGGAGCUGAAGAUGUGGCCUGUGAUGUCUGCACUGGCAGGAAACUGAAAGCUCUCAAGUCCUGUUUGGUUUGUUUGGCCGCUUACUGUGAGGAACACCUCCAGCCUCAUUAUCAAUCACCAUUAAAGAAACACAAGCUGGUGGAGCCCUCCAAGAACCUCCAGGAGAACAUCUGCCCUCGUCACGAUGAUCACGACACAGUCUCAGCUGCAGCAGAGAGGAAGCAGAAGCAGAGAGAGUUGGAUCUGACAAACAUCUCACUGGCUGUGGCUGACGUGUUUUUUUUCCUGCCAGUACCAGAACCAGAGACCAGAGCUGAAUUCUUCAGAUAUUCACAGGAAAUCACACUGGAUCCAAACACAGCUCACAAAUAUCUGAUAUUAACUGAGGGAAACAGAAAAGUAAGAUUCAAGGCGGAAGAUCAGUCUUAUUCCAAUCACACAGACAGAUUUACUAGGGAGUGGCAGGUCCUGAGUAAGGAGAGUCUGACUGGACGUUGUUACUGGGAGGUGGAGUGGAGAGGAGGAGUUUUUGUAGCAGUGACGUACAAGAACAUCAGCAGAUCAGGGAGUUCAAAUGAAUGUGGAUUUGGAUUUAAUGAAAAAUCUUGGGUUUUAGUUUGUGAACAUAAAGGGUUUUUUUUUCUUCACAACAGGAACUGGAUUAAAGUCUCAGAUGAUUUGUCCUCCAGAGUAGGAGUUUACUUGGACCACAGAGCAGGUCUUCUGUCUUUCUACAGAGUCUCUGACACCAUGACUCUCCUCCACAGAGUCCAGACCACAUUCACUCAGACUUUCUAUGCUGGAUUUCUUUGUCUUUUUCCUGGAGCCACAGCUGAGUUCUGUAAACUCAAAUAGACCUGAGUUCUUUCAGGAGCAGUGAGUUCAACUCUGUAUUUAAAUCUUUGACUUGUCUGCUCGCGUUGCACUGAUCACCUGUCAGUCAAACAGGGUGGUUUUCCUUGUCACUUUGUAAAGACACAAAUCUAUAAUCACAUUUAACAUUUGUCCUUGUUUUUCUGUAUCGAUGUCAGAUUCUUUGAUGUUUGGUCAAAUUGUCAUGAUCAUGAUGAUCAUCAAUGAGGAAGCCAUUUGUUCUUUUCUUUUCUCUCACAUUGAGGUGAAACAAAGUCAUUCAAAUAGAAAACAAACCAACAUCAGACUUUGUUUGUGUCUCUGAGUAUCCAUCCAUUGUUGAUGAUUGUAUCAUAUCAUCAUGUUGUCAUUGUUUUAUUCCUUAUAUCUGUGGAGUAUGUUUUAAUCAACCAGAUUAUUGUUAUUUUUCUUUGUUUCCAUGUUUAAGAUUAAGCUGAAACAAAGUGAUUCUUUUUUUUCUUCCUAAAUAAAUAAAACAAAUAAAUAACAAAGUUUGUUUC